AUGAAUCAGAAUCCUGCUGUGAAGAGGAGGCCAUCACCACCAGAGGACCACAAUGUGAUAUCCCUCCGCGGCACAGCGCCCCCUAGAGGCCUGCAGGAGGACCAUGAUGUGAUAUCCCUCCGCGGCACAGCGCCCCCUAGAGGCCUGGUUCAGACCGACAGCCCUAACUUCCUGUGCAGCAGCCUGCCGCAGCACUGGAGGAGCAACAAGAGCCUGCCCAGGGUCUUCAGCGUGGUUGCCCUGGGAAACGACGUUCCUGACGGUGUUGUUGUCGUGGUGAUGGCCGGGAAUGAUGACAACAGCAGGGCGGAGCUACGUAACGCCACAGCAACCAUGAAGCAGGGACACGCCCACUUCACUGACCUGCGCUUCAUAGGGCGCAGCGGCAGAGGUAAGACCUUCACCCUCUCCAUCAACGUGAUGACCUCUCCUCCUCAGGUCGCCACCGUACACAAAGCCAUUAAAGUAACUGUGGACGGACAGCGGCUGCCGAGACGACAGAGGCAAAAGGAGGUGAAAUUAGGAGCGUUCAGGGCCUCCUGCAGCAGCACUGCAUCAACAGAUUGUAGAUCCUUCCCCUCCUCUCUAUGGACCAAUGAGGCGUCGUUCCUGGGUCAAAUGUCUUCUCCCAGAAUGCACCACCUCUCCUACUCCACCCAGCCCCCCCCUUACAGCUACCUGUCCCCCCCUCCUCUGAGCCACAGUGGUCCGUUCCAACCCAGCAGCUUCUACUACGGACCGAACCAAAUGAUCCAAAGCACGGGGGACGACCGAAAUGUUGUCUCGGCUCUGUCCAAUUACAUCGAAGGGGCGUGUCUUUCUUUGCGGGGGGAGGAGCCUGUCUGGAGGCCAUAUUAA